AUGUCGAGCUUCCAGAGCACAGCUGCUGUGCGCGCCUGCGCCCGCCGAGCGGCUUCUACCACCUCCGCCGCGACUCUGGCCGCCUCGACGACAUGUCGCGCCGCCGCUUCCCGGAUACAAUUGCAGGGACAGAGGAGCGCAGGGCUGGUACCCAAGAGCUGGACGAGGUUCUCCUCGUCUUCGAUUGCCAAUGACAAUCAGCAAAAGGAGAAGCAAAGACAGAAGCAGUUCAUCAACCUUAUCCCAUCCGAGAACUUCACAUCCCAGGCCGUCCUCGAUGCGCUAGGAAGCCCCAUGCAGAACAAGUAUUCUGAAGGCUAUCCGGGAGCGCGUUAUUACGGCGGCAACGAGUUCAUCGAUGCUUCCGAAAGGUUAUGCCAGGACAGAGCCCUCGAGACCUUUGGCCUGGAUCCCAAGGAAUGGGGUGUCAACGUGCAAGCGCUGUCCGGUGCUCCUGCGAACCUCUACGUCUACUCGGCCCUCAUGGACACCCACGACCGCUUGAUGGGCCUCGAUCUCCCCCACGGCGGCCAUCUUUCGCAUGGUUACCAGACUCCCACCAAAAAGAUCUCCUUCAUCUCCAAGUACUUCGAGACCCUUCCCUACCGUCUCGAUGAGAAGACGGGCUACAUCGACUACAACAAGCUCGAGGAACUGGCCAUCAUCUACCGCCCCAAGAUCAUCGUCGCCGGCGCCUCCGCUUACAGCCGCCUGAUCGACUACUCCCGCCUCCGCGAAAUUUGCGACAAGGUCAACGCCUACCUCAUGGCCGACAUGGCCCACAUCUCCGGUCUCGUGGCCGCCAAGGUCAUGCCCGGCCCCUUCACCCACGCCGACAUCGUCACCACCACCAGCCACAAGUCCCUCCGCGGCCCCCGCGGCGCCAUGAUCUUCUUCCGCCGCGGCGUCCGCCGCACCAAUAAGAAGGGCGAGGAGGAGCUGUACAACCUCGAGACCCCCAUCAACGCCUCCGUCUUCCCCGGCCACCAAGGCGGGCCCCACAACCACACCAUCGCCGCCCUCGCCGUCGCUCUCAAGCAGGCCCAGACGCCCGAGUUCCGCGCCUACCAGAGCCAGGUCCUCGCCAACGCCAAGGCGCUCGCCGCCCGCCUCGGCCAGCCCAAGGACAAGAACGGGCUGGGCUACACCAUUGUCAGCGGUGGCACAGACAACCAUCUCGUCCUGAUCGACCUCAAGCCGCAGGGGAUCGACGGCAGCCGCGUCGAGCGCGUGCUGGAACUCGUCGGUGUCGCUGCCAACAAGAAUACCGUCCCCGGCGACAAGUCGGCGCUGACGCCCGGCGGUUUGCGCAUCGGCACGCCCGCCAUGACUACCCGCGGGUUCACGGAAGAGGACUUUGCGCGCGUGGCUGACAUAAUCGAUCGCGCCGUGACCAUUGCUGUGCGCAUCAACAAGGCGGCCAAGGAGGAUGCGGUAAAGAAGGGCAACGAGAAGGCGGCGAACCGCGUCAAGACUUUCAUGGAUUACUUGGGCAAUGGCGAGACGGACCCGGAGAUUGUCCAGCUCAGGAGCGAGGUGGAGAGUUGGGUGGGCACGUACCCUUGCCCUUGGGACCAGUCGUCUUAGGGGGUUGACGGACCGGGUGAGGUGCUGACCAUGAUGGUGGCGAGGUUGAAUGAAGGAAGUAAUGGGAAUGGGAAUGCGGUAAGGGCUAGAGGGCCGACGUUGAUCGAGUUAAUGGGAUCCACGGGUAUUGUUGAGGGUCCUGGUUCUAUUACGUCUAUGUCUACAUCUCCGCCAGCUUCGAAGAAGGAAAGCGAAGGCAAAGGCGAGAGGCGAGCUUAAAAGGAGCGAAUGCUACUAGGGAGGGGAAAAGGCAAAGGAGUGAGUUUAACAGUCACUUCUCUUGCCCGUUUUGUAAUUUCUGUUUUCACUUUUUUUUGGUGUGUUUUUUUCGGUCUAUUAACUGGCUGGCUAUAUGGGACUCCAUUGGACGGGGUGGGAUGGACAGAGAUGAGUUCAUGUAUUUGCAUACCUUUUGUGUUUUUCUGUUGUUAGCUGCGCGCGGCCUUUCACUUUAACAUUACGGGUACGGCGUCAGUCAGUUGUUGUCGAUUUAUAAAUAUCAAAAUGGUUUCAGGGUCAUCAUAUACAC